AUGGCGACUUGGGCAUAUCCCCCGCUCCCGACCGAGCAAUUAAAUCAGCAGGCCGAUAACGCUCUGGCUCAGGAGCUCGAGUGGCUGUUGCAGUCUCUCCAAGAAUCGCUAGUCUCCUUAAAGGAAGGCCUGCAUGAGUGCGCCACAUUACUGGCCCCGCAAGAACCGGGAUCGACUUUGGUCUUAUCGUCACUACGAUCGGAGAGUAUCAAAGGCUUCGUCACUCGGAUCGGCACCAAAGUCGUCAAAGGGGAUAUUCAACUCCGCCUAGCCUCGUUACCAGCUCCGCGUGGCGCUUCGGGCACCCGCCUCACAUUGUCUCAAAGUCCCGGUGCCCCGGAACUGGUGCUGCCGCAGUUGGUCUCGGUUCGCAAUCUGGUGAACCAAAGCCUCGACAUCGUGGAUGUGAGCACCUACACCGGGGACCCGCUCAAUGCGGCCUUUAUCUUCAGUCAGCUGCAUCUUCUAAAGGAAACCAUCGGCGAGGCGCGCCAGAUGCUGAAAGGGGAGGGUCCCGAGCGAGGCAACUGGUGGGAGGCGAGUGCAUCAGAUACUAUGUUUGACCCUCCACCUCCACCGUCCUUAUCCUUCCACUUGUCCAUUGCCGAGUCAGCCUUAGUGCUGGUAGUACGCACGGUGGAAAGCAGUGCGUCUGCACAGACCGGCGGGCCAUUUGCUUCGGACAUCUCCUUGACGGGGUUCUCACUUCGAGAUCGCAUCUUCGGAACUCGGCCUCGCGCCCACGACGAGGUCGGCAACGUGUUCCAAUGGCGCGGUGAGGAAGUGCAUGUCAAAGAGAAGAUUCGAGUGGAAAGUCAAGAUCCCAGCUUGAUGGCCGUAAUGGCCAAGCUCACUGCACUGGAACACGAGGUCAUGCGCUGGGUGUUGGCGCUGCGGGUUCUCAUGGGACAGGAGGAGACGGAGAGCGACUGA